AUGGAGAUGAAACGGCACGAAAAGCCGGGCAGUCUUUCGCCCGUGAGAGUAAGAAGCGAGGAGGCGCACACUUCCCGGUCGGGUAGUAAAUCUGAGAAGGAACAGAAAUUACCUCCAGAGAAAUCCCCCAUCGAUGAUGGCAUAAGGCAGCGCCGUCUUUCGAGGGCCAGCGAAGGUUCGAAGGAGGCGCUUGAUAGACAGGAUUCGAGGACGUCUCUGAGUCCGAAGGUGUCUCGUAAAUACUUCACGAACUGGAAACAAGCUUGCGAUAAGACGAAAGAUAAGACCAAGGAGUUGUUGAAACGGUGGAGGACGUUGCCCGAGGGGGAGGCGGCUCAAAUGGAACCCACUCACAGUGAAGACGAAAAGCAUCAUGGAUGGAGUGUGCACGUUUGGACGACCUGGGUAAAUCGAUGCAGUGAAGACUUGGAAUGCUUGGAUCUCGAAGAGGAGCAGCCCCUGGCCCACUUGAGUGCAGUGCAAAAUGAAAAGUUGACACUCUUUUUUACCGAACUUCUAGACCACGAUAGAGACGACGUUAUAUGUGAUCAAGAUUUUGAUUGUUUUUUUGAGAAGCUGGCACACUUUGCCGACUGGUCGCCCAACUCGUCCGAGUUCCACAUACUGUUGGAAGUGAAGAGAGAAUUCAUCGAACAUUUCCUCAACCCGUUGCCCAGCAAAUUUGCAGAGCUCCCUUACUAUCGGCGCGUUUGUGGGCCUGAGGCAGGAGGCUUACCGGGUCGAACGACCCUGGAAGGCUGGUUAGCCAGAUGGGCCUUGCUGUUGAGCCAGCCGAAGAAGUUUGCUGAUUUACCGCUAUAUCUGCAGUACUUCUGCAAGAUCCUGUUUCGUAUUGUAGACAGAGCAGGUGUUGGUGAAAUCACGAAGGAUGCCUUAGCUGCAUUCUACCGAUCAGUAAUAGGUCUACCAAUUAACAGAAUAGAAGAAAUAAUAGAUACGGCAUACGAUCGAAUGACUAGUAACAGCUUUUUGAUUCUCGACUAUGGGACGUUUGUUCACUGCUACAUAAACUGGCUCAUGGGUAAAAAUCCGAACGGGCCAGGUCAGUGGGUGCUAGUUCCACCAAAGGGAUCUUUACCACAGCCACCGUUCCCCGUAGAUUAUAGCGCUUUGAACACAGAUAGAGAUAAGUUAGAAACAUAUGCGCCAGAUAAAAAAACUAAUCGACACUCUGUAAUUGUUUAA